AGCACGGGCGUCGGCGGAGUGGUGGAACAGCCACCACCACCUCCCAAGCAGGAGAGGAGGUUACUCCACGGAGGGAUAUAUAGCCAUUUUGGACCACAAAAGGGACCAUUCGAGCAUUUAUCUCUCGUUCAACCAACCUCUCGCCGUUUUCUCCACCUCCAUUACGCUCGGCGUGCAAGCCCCCCCAUCGCCGGCCUCUCGAUCACCAACCCUCACUGCCUGUUCUCCCACUGUUGUUGUUUCGUUUCACACACUUUUCCCCCACGGAAUGGCCACGCAACAGUCCCAAUCGAGCGCCGUGCUCACGUUCACGCUUCCACCGCCAGCUCUCGCAGCAGCAGAGCCCGCAUCUGCACCUGUCUCGACAUCCCGCGGAAAAAAGCGGCGGGCACCCGGCUCGGCCACGGGCGCAACACAUGCAGCGCCCGUGACUCUCCCCCCACCACCCACGCGCACCCGCAAGAUAAUCCAGAUGAACCCUGGGCCAUCCUCGUCCCCUCCGAGUUCGGGGAGCAGCAGCACAUCCACCACUACCACAACCACAACCCCCACCACCACAAAAUCCAAAACGCCAGCGACGAAAGCCAAGACCGCCGCUGCAAAGACGUCGACAACGACAUCGCCGAACUCGGCCGCCAGCACCUCGCGCAAGGUCGCGCGGAAAACCGCGCACAGCCUCAUCGAGCGGCGACGGCGAUCGAAGAUGAAUGCCGAGUUCGAAACGCUCAAGAAUCUUGUGCCCGCGUGCGGCAAGGGGGUCGAGAUGCACAAGCUGGCGAUUCUGCAGGCGAGCAUCGAGUACGUGCGGUACCUGGAGGGUUGCCUCAAGGAAUUGCAGAAGGCGGCGGGUGUGCAGAAUUGCUGUGCGCCGCCGGUGUUUUCGCCAAGGAGCCAGAGCGGCGAGGAGGAUGAGGACGAGGACGAGGAUGAUGUCGAUAUGGAUGCGGACCAGGAUACGAGGGAGCUGGAGAGGGAGGACGAGCUGGCGAGACAGCAGCGGGAACAAUUGGAGAUGCAGUUCCUGUUGCAGGAGCAGCAGCGACGGUACAGUCAGCCUGAGGACUACCCGACUUCGAACUACACCACCAAUCCGUCGUCGGUCGCCACGUCCCCCGAUUUUGCUCCCAUCCACUCUGCCGCCGCAUCACCGCUCUUCACCCUACCCCCCGCGCAUGGCAUAAGGCUUCCGUCGAUAUCGCCCAUGAUAUUCCCGCAGCCGCAGCCGCCAAUGCACAGUCCCUUGGAAGCCACGGCGGGUGCGUUGCUGCUGCUGGCCGAUGAGGGGCGGCGGGACGAGGCGGCGUGGAGGUUUAGGACAUCAACGUCCGGACGCGGGAUGAGUGUCCGGGAUUUGCUGAGUUCGUGAUUUUCAUGCGUUGGUUCUGCUUUUUGUGUGGGGGUAAUGGCGUUUUGCAUGGGCUGGAUUCUUUCUUCUUCUUCUGCUUGUUCUUUUGAUUAUUCCAUCUUUCUUUUCUUCUUCUUCAUAGACAAAAUGGCCCCAUAGAUGGCAUGUUAGAAAGAGCCGAUACGAGUG